CAUAACCUAUCGUUAAAUGCCACGUAUUAUUUAUCUGUCAUUUACGUAUGUAUAGAAUGUCUCGAAGAUUUUUCUGUUCAUCGUGACAUCGGCUAAUGACCGAAAGAGUAACAGUAUAGCGAAAUUAGUUAUUCCAAUAUAUCGACGCUAUACUAAUAUAGCUAUAAUGGCUUCUUCAAAACGUUUCAAACUUUUGUUUUGCGCUAUCGGUAUUUUUGUAUGUUAUUUUCAUUUUGGCAUGUUGCAAGAGAAGAUCACACGAGGACAAUAUGGAGAUGAAAAAAGCAGUGAAAAGUUUACGUAUAUGUUUACUUUAGUUUUCUUCCAGUGUCUAAUUAAUUAUUUAUUUGCUAAGACUAGUUUAUUAACGAUCAUGAAACAGGGCGAGGACACUACUCCGAAAACUUAUUACGCGCUCUCUGCCCUCACUUAUUUGCUUGCUAUGGUAUGCAGUAAUAUGGCAUUACAAUUUGUUAGUUAUCCAACACAAGUGAUUGGAAAAGCCGGUAAACCAAUUCCGGUAAUGAUACUCGGUGUACUGCUGGGGAACAAGGUAUAUCCAGUUAGAAAGUACUUGUUUGUGUUCUUAGUAGUCAUUGGUGUAGCUUUGUUUAUGUACAAGGAUGUCAAUCCAUUGAAAAAGCAUUCCGAGGGACAAACUGCAUUUGGAGAAUUACUGUUAUUACUUUCAUUAACAAUGGAUGGUCUAACUAGCGCUGUGCAGGAAAGAAUGAGAGCUGAACACAAUUCCAAGUCUGGUCAUAUGAUGUUGAAUAUGAAUGGCUGGUCUGCGAUCUUUAGCGGCGUUGUCAUCAUAGCCUCUGGAGAACUUGUCGAAUUUAUUCAGUUUCUACAUAGAUACCCUUUUAUUAUAUGGCACAUUGCUACCUUUUCUGUAGCAGGAGCAUUUGGACAAUACUUUAUAUUUCUCACUGUUGCGGAAUUCGGUCCAUUGCCGUGCUCCAUUAUAACUACAACUAGAAAAUUCUUUACAGUCUUAGGUUCAAUACUUAUCUUUGGUAAUAGUUUGACCUUUAGGCAAUGGUUGGGCACGUUUAUAGUAUUUGCGGGAUUGUUUCUAGAUGCUAUGUAUGGUAAAGACAAGUCUACUAGAAAAGAUGUAACGAAGUAGCAAACGAACGCGAGCACGUUAUCUGAGAGAUCCUGACUCUUUGAAUAGAAAAUGAUCUCGAAUUCUGAGACAUAUAUUCGUCACGUUAUGAUGAAAUACGAGUUUAGGAACAUUACACCGUAGACAAAUAUGUGUGUACCGUGGCUUCCUGGUUUCGCUCAUUGUACGGUUUUGUACUUAUGAAUGAAAUAUUUCGAAUGAACGUUCGAUAGAUUUUGAUAUACUAUACCUUUACGAAUAUGUACACAUGUAUUCGUUUCUAUGGACAUGUAUAUUAUACAUGUAUGUUUGAUGCGCGCAGUAUGUUUUAGGGUUCGUAUGUAUAUAUGCGUUAUGCCGAUCGAAAUAGCAUGCAUUUGCACGCAUAGCGUUUCACGUAUAUAUUUCUUUCGUUUUAUCUCCUUACAUCAAUCUCAUUCGAUUAAAAUUCUUUUUACUAAUCAUAUCAUUCGUAAACGUCACUUACGGGGGAAAAAAUACGAUCAAUAUCGUGAUUAUUAGUGUACGUGAUAAAAAAGAAAUCGAUUAUGAAAUAAAGGACAAAUGCAAUCAUUUGGUAUA